ACGCGACACGUAAACAUCACUGUGGUUUGAAAAGACAUCACGAUGCUUUGAUAAAAGGAAAGAUUUGUUUUAAAAGAACAAGUCACAUCGCAAACUGUGGAUGUUUGAGGACUCAGUUUAUGUUAUGAUAUAUUUAUCACAAACGUUAUUUACAAAAGCCAGACCGCCAUCUGUUUAAUUAUAUCGACACGCUAACAGUAGCAAGCUAACAGUGUGCCUCAUCUGUGUAAAUUCUUAUUAAACACGCCAUCCGCUGAGAAAUACCACACCGGGAACGAGUUCCAACAGUCAUGACUGCAGAAGCCCCAGAGAAGUCAGCCGAGGACGGCUUAAGCUCGUCGGGCAGUGCUGGGACAGGGACACGUUUCGAUCUGGAGAAAGAGACUGAACUGCGCUUCGAGGUCGAAGCAGGAGAGCGAGUGCAGCUCGAGCUUCUGUCCGGUAUGGCAGAGGUGUUCGGGUCCGAACUCAACAAGAACAAGAAGUACACCUUUGGGGCAGGCUCUAAGGUCGCUGUGUUCACUUGGCAAGGCUGCAGUGUGUCACUCACGGGCAAGACAGAGGUGGCUUAUGUCUCCAAAGAUACGCCCAUGCUACUGUAUCUGAACACUCAUGCAGCUCUAGAGCAGAUGAGACGGCAAGCAGAGAAAGAGAACGAGAGAGGUCCUCGGGUAAUGGUUGUUGGACCAACUGACGUGGGAAAGUCAACAGUGUGUCGACUGUUGCUGAACUAUGCUGUGCGGCUGGGACGAAGGCCUACGCUGGUAGAACUGGAUGUUGGCCAAAGCGGUGUGUCUGUGCCUGGAACCAUGUCAGCUCUGUGUAUUGAGCGUCCUGCUGAUGUAGAAGAAGGCUACUCUGUUCAGGCUCCUCUUGUCUUUCACUUUGGCUCCACGACACCAGGAACCAACAUCAAACUUUACAACAAGCUUACUUCAUGCCUCGCAGAAGUGUUUUCUCAGCGCUGUGAGGUGAACCGCAAAGCUAGCGUGGGCGGCUGUAUUAUCAACACCUGCGGCUGGGUCAAAGGUUCAGGUUACCAGGCUCUGGUCAACUGUGCUUCAGCCUUCGAGGUGGAUGUUGUUCUAGUCCUGGACCAGGAACGCCUCUACAAUGAGCUGAAACGUGACCUGCCACACUUCGUUCGCGUAAUCCUUUUGCCGAAGUCUGGUGGUGUGGUGGAGCGCUCCAAGGACUGCCGGCGAGACACACGGGAUGAAAAGAUCAGAGAAUACUUCUAUGGCUUUCGUGGAACCUCUUUUUAUCCUCAUGCCUUUGAUGUACGCUUUUCAGAUGUGCGCAUAUACAAGAUCGGAGCACCCUCUAUCCCAGACUCUUGCCUGCCGCUGGGCAUGUCCCAGGACGACACCCAGCUGAAACUUGUCCCGGUCAGCCCCGGGCGGGAUUUGACUCAUCACGUGCUGAGCGUGAGUUCUGUGGAGGAUGAGGCAGAGUCGGAUGCUGGUCAGAGCAGAGGAAUUUUAGAGAGUCCCGUCUGCGGCUUCAUAGUCGUGACAGCAGUGGACACGCAAGCUCAGGUGAUGACGGUACUCUCACCAGCGCCCAGACCACUGCCACGGCACACUCUGCUCAUCAUGGACAUUCGUUUCAUUGACCUUAAGUAGAUGGCUUGCAAUGGAAUGGGGAUUAAGGGACUGUAUAUGGCAAGCCGAAUUUACUUUUAAUAACGUGCAGGAUAUGAAUUAUGAAUAUCAACUAUUUAAUUUUCACUAGUUAAAAUGCUAAUUCUUAAUUUUAGGAACGUAAUUACUACUAGUGAAAGUGCACAUUUUUUAUAUCAGUUAUUACAUUUGCACUAGUAAAAACAUUAAUUCUUAAUAAAAAAAAAAAAUGAUGUCAUAACUCACAGAAAUACACAUACUUGAUAUAAAAAAUGGAAUUUCAACUACCAAAAGCAGUGUUAUAUAUAUAUAUAUAUAUAUAUAUAUCUGUAAUUGCAUUUUCACUAGUAGAAUUUCACAGUGAAUCUGUCAUUCACUCCUAUUUGAAAUGCAAUUACAGAGAUCUAGAGUUAAUUUUGUACUUGUUGGAAUUCCAAAUACACAUAUUAGCAAAGUAAAUCUUAUUAGUAAAAAUGAAUAUUUAUGAUAUCAUUAAUUACAUUGUUACUAAUACAAAAUAUCCUUUCCUGGUGUAAAAAAAUUAAUUACAAAUAGUGAAGUUUUUUAUCUCUGUAAAUGUUUUUCAACAUGUUAGGUUUGGUAUUUCAGAUAUCUGGAAAUUUAUUUUAGAUAUCAAUAAAUUUGAGAGUAAUUAAAGAUGUUUAAAAAUGCCUUCUUACUAGUUACAAUCACAGAUAUCAGAAAUUAGCAUUGCCGCUAGUGAAAACCAUUUUACUUAUAUCAAAGAUUAGCUUGUUUAAUAGUUGCAAUUUAGUUGGUGAUAUCAGUAAUGGAUAUUUGCACUAGUAACAAUGUUAUUAUUGAUAUCAAAAAGUAUAAUUUUACUAGUAAGAAGUUUAUUGCUGAUAUAUGAGAUUGGAAUUUCAACUUGUAAGAAAUUAAUUUUAGAGAUCCGUAAUUGUGUUUUGUAUAGGAGUGGAUGACAGAUCAUUGUGAAAUUCUACAAGUGAAAAUGCAGUUACAGAUAUCAAGAAUUGCUGUUUUAACUAGUUUAAAUUUUUGAUAUCAGGAAUGUUUAUUUCUGUCAGGAAGACACGCAGACUUGAGUAACGUUUAAGAUUACAUUUAUUUCAUGAAUAUGAAACAGGAAUGUAAUAUCUCUUUGGUGUAAGCCCGUCUGGCGGUCCAAAGAAGUUGUACUUGGAACCGUCAUAUCCUGCCAGAGAUAGGAGGCAGGGGCGAGGAGCCUAGCACUCAACCGGUGGUGGUGGGGUGGUGGAGGUUGCCGUGUUAGCACACUGAAACAGCAAUGUGAUAGAUUGUAAGCAGACUUAUAAAGCUAUGUCUGACGCAUGAUUGGCUAGGAGUUACCUAACAAAUGGUGCGAUGACGACAUUUAUUACAUUAAGAAUUCCCGUUUCUUACAUGUACAAAUAUAAUCACUGAUAUCAAAAAUGUGCACUUUCACUUCUAGUAAUUCCAUUCCUGAUAUCAAGAAUUAGCCUUUUAACUAGUGAAAAUUGAAUCGUUUAUGUAUUAACAAUGUAUGUCCUGCACGUGAUUAAACUGUAAGUGAAAGGGGUAAUAAAACAGGGACAUUAUGUGAAAGAUACGUUUGUCAUAACAGUCUAAACAGGUCUUGGAGAUCUCUACUGAAAGGGGAGUUUAUAAAACCAUAUCUCUAAAGUUCUUCAACAGUAUUUUAAGAUAUAUUUAGUUCAAAGGGCUCAUUUUAACCAUUUUGUACGUUUGUGAAAGCUGUUGUGUUUAUAUAUAUAAUCAGUUGCAUUUUCAUCUGUCCCUCUGAACAAACAAUAAAACAAACCAAACCCA